UCACACCUUUCACCCCACAGCUAAAGGACAGAGAUUUUUUUUUUAAAGAAAAAAGAAAAGACAUCAGCACAAGUUUGAAAACAACCUCAAAUAACCGACAGCUGGAUCAGGCAGGAGGGGUUAUAAAUAAGUCCCUUAAAUGUGGUGAAUCAACUGAUGAGAAGAGCUGAAUCACUGUAUGACUCGACCCUAGUAACGGGGGUAACAAGAAACAGUAGAACUGACCACAAGCCCACAAAUUCACCUCUGCUUUCUGCCACCGUUACGCACAGAAGUAUCUCCAUUUCUUGAACAGUCCUAUCAAAUAGUGUCUUAUCUUAACAAAAACCCUACUUCACUCUAGCAUGCUUAUUGCUAUUCUUUGAUUUGAUUUAGUUGUGUUGUAUUGAACAGUGAUUUGUUGGCUAUGUGUAGUUUUUAAAGCUCAGAAACUGUCUUCUAAUUUCAUCACAGGCACCACAAAAAUCAUUUGGUACAUAUAACUUUACAAAAACUAAAAAUGAGGGGCAAAAAAAAACCCUAAAAGAAACGGUGUGCGUUUGCGUAAUAACAUGAAAACAUCUGCUUGUAAAGUUAUUCUUUUAGGCCACUGACAACUACAUUUCCCAAUAUUCUCUUCGGUAAAUACGUCAUCACAUUCUGCCCAAUCACUGAGGUCGAAGAUUUUGUGCCGCAAAAAUACGGAAAAACAAAAAUCUCACAUCGCUUGAACUUUUAUAUUUUAGUCAGCUUUGUGUGAAAACAGCAAGGGUUGACUGCGACAGCGUUUAAGAAAACUCGUUGAAGUUUCUAUGAUAGUCUGGGGUUUACAGGGGCGAUUUUCGUGUUUGUUGAGACAGAGAUAGGUGAUUAGCUAAUAAUACCUGUUUGGCUAACUUCACAUAGAGAGCCAAACUAAGUUUAACUGCGUUAGUUUACAUGAGUCACUGCAAAUUUCACCGAUGGAGAUCACUCCUAAAUCUGCCAAAUUAAAGCCUUCUUCACUCUGUUAUUCAGCAGAGUCAAGCCCCUGUGAAUAUAAAGAGGAAAAGCAUCUAAAGCUGAGUGAUUCCCUGAAGGAGAGGCUGAAGAGAUCAAGGCGCUCCUUCACUUCGCCCCUCUCUGUGGCUAAACGCCUUUGUGUGGAUGAGGAGGAGGAGGAUGGACGACAAGUUUCAGCACAUUCCGGGGAGACCGUUAAUAAUCCCUCAAUCAUUAUGCACGGUGUUGAUGUAAAUAGAAAUGAGGCAAAAUCAGGGAGUGAAAGGUUUUCUGGACCAGUUCCUGAACCAACACAUCGCCCCACUGAGGACUUUGCACAACAACUUAGAAAAGAGGUCAAAGACAAAAUGGAGACUCUUCGCAGGCUCAAGAUGGUGAAAAUGUACAGAAGCAAGAAUGAUUUAACGCAGCUCCAAACCUUGAUUGACAAGUGGCGGAGCUGUGCUCAAGCUGCCCUCUAUGAGCUCCAGUCAGAUGUCCCCAUAGAUGGACGAAAGGCCGACCUGUCUGAGCUUAUUGACCUCUUCGGUCUGGAUGAUGGCAUUCUGCACUUUGAUCGCACAGAGGAGGACUUCUCUACCUGAUAAUAGACUUCGAAACACAUCAUUUGUACCAUCAGUUUAUGAAAAUACUACAGAGGAAGAGCCACAUUUCAAAUAUCCUCAGUUAUCAGUUUUACUUGUUGCUGCUACAGUUUGCAUUCACAGCUUAAGUUACACAUGUCAUGUUCAGUUUUACUUGCUAAGAAAAAUGUAAAUAAAUUAGUUAUCUGUUGAA